GAACGCAUCAUUCCAGCAGUUGCAGCUACAGGUGAAAGAGAAAGUAUAAAGAGGGUUUUAUUUUGCAGGACGGAGGUAGGUUUCUCGCAAAUCAAGCAGAGGAGAACUUGAUUAUCAGCAAUGUGCGGGGAUGUCUGCAAAACAUGAACUUCACAACUCAAAGCUGACAGAGGUGUAGAAAUACGAUUGAUAAGAACGUCCACAAGGAAACAAAAUGACAGACAGACUCUCAGUCUGGAGACAGACUCUCUCCAAUAUGUUCUCCUAUCCACCUCCAGUUCCGUAUCAUGGCCUGCAAAACCAAGGAGAGACUUGUUACCUGAACAGCGUGCUGCAGGUGCUGUUCAUGACCGAAGACUUCAGAGACGCCGUGGAAAGGCACUGCUGUGAGAAUCCUGCCACUGAGUGGAUUGAUCGUCAACUCAAAGCCUUGUUUGAUGAUUUAAAAGGACAGACAGCAGACACAUAUAACAUCACAAAGAAGCUGGGCAUCCACAGAGUGUACGAACAGCAAGAUGCUGCUGAGUGCUUUGAGAAGAUUCUAAGUCUGACCAGUCCUGAUGCUUCACAGAUCUUCCACGGAUGGUUGACGGACAGGACCACAUGUUCUGGAUGUGGCACAGAGACGGACGCUGACGCGGCCUUCUGGCAUCUUCCUCUUGCGUUGACGGAUUCAUACAGUGAACACUACAGCGUGGUGGAUGGCAUUAAAAAGCAUUUUAGAGCCUCAGAGUUCAGCGGGGAGAACCAGAUGUACUGUGAGCAGUGCGACGCCAAAUGUGAUGCUACGACUCAAUGUGUGAUGAAGCAUCAUCCAGAGGUUUUGAUGCUGCUGUUGAAGAGGUUUGACUUUGACUACAGCUACAUGACAUAUGUCAAGAUCAACCAGACUGUGGAUGUUCCCCGCACCCUACAGAUACCAGAGAAUCAGACAUAUGAACUGUACGCGGUUGUGGACCACAGCGGAGAUCUUAGUAGCGGAUGCUACACUGCCACUAUCUGGGAUGAUGAGAACUGGUUUAACUUCUUUGACAGCAGGGUCACUUUGGCUGACCACCAGCCAUUCCAGGAGAAUAACUUUGAGAAAUCCUGCAGUGCUUAUCUCCUUUUCUACAGGAAAAAGAACGCUACUCAAACCACCAGGGCGGUGUCAGCGCCUGGAGGCCACCUGCCUGCUACCGGUGACGUCUAUGACCAGUGUCAAGAUCUUGGGAGGAGGAGAGGGAGAGAGGAGGAGGAGGCCAUCGAUGGAGAUCAAGAAAAAGAGAGAGUUAGGUCUAGAGGAGUUGAGAUACACAGGACACAGGAAGUUAGACACGAUUAUGACCUGAAACCUGUCAGUGAGGACAAACAGAGAGGAGGGAGAACUGAUGACGAGGAGGAAAAAACUGAAGCUGGUGAAAAAGGGAUCGCAUCAGAGAUAGGAAAGCUAAAUCAUGACUAUGGAAGAGACGGUGGCAGUAAACAGAACAUGCUAAAACAUGACCAUCAGCGCAGAGAGGAGAGGAUGGAUGCGCAGGAAGUCGCGGAACAAGAGAGAGGAGAUGGCAAACAACAUGCGCAGAGCAAAGACACAUCAGCAACGGAACGUUAUCCUACUGAAGGUGUCCAGGCUCAGGAGAGUGACAGUGUGAGACAAGAUGAUGCUAGUGUGCAUUUUGAGCAGAAAAUCAGAAUUAUGCCUACAAUCCAAGAAGAUGUUGAGUUAGACAGGAAAGGAAAAACCGAAGUGCAUGACAGAGGGAUGAGAUCAGGGACCACAAAGCUCUUGACAAUAUAUGACCUCCUCCACUCUUCUGAGAAUCAGGACGAUAAAAGAGUAGACGACAAUAAACAGAAAAUGCCGAAAGAUGAUCAGAGGUGGAAAGAGGGAGGCAGUAGCAGGCAUGAGGGACAUGAGCAAGAGAGAGAGGGGAGGAGGGAUGUUCAGGGAGUCACGGAGCAAAACAGGGGAGACAGUCAACAUCCACACUUUGGUCAGGAUGUAGAGGAUCAGAGCAUUGAUAGACAACGGAUGUCAGAGCAGAAAACCAGUGGAACAUAUCCAAGCCAUCAAGGUGACGGUGCGGAGACACAAAGCAAACCUAUGCAAAACAGAUCAGACUCCUCCCUUAGACAAGCAGGAUCUGCAGGAAGCAGCAAACCAGCAGAGUGUCAGGGAGCUGGCCGUGGUGAGAAGGUGACACGGAGUAAUCCUCAACCAAAACCCACCCUUGAAUUUGUUGAGUCUACACGGGAAGAAAGCCCUGGCUCUAAAGAUAUUGAAAUUAAGAUAACUGACACAGAAAUCCGCAGUGAAACUGUACCGAGGUCCUCAGUAUGCAGCGAUUUAAGACAAGCAGGUUCUGCAGGAAGUAGCAAACCAGCAGAGUGUCAGGGAGCUGGCCGUGGUGAAAAGGUGAGACGGAGUUAUUCCCAGCUGAAACCAACACUUGAAUUUCCCGAGUCUACAAGGGAAGAAAGUCCUGGCUCAAAAGGUAUCGAAAUUAAGAUAACUGAUACAGAAAUCCGCAGUGAAACUGUAGCAGGAACCUCAUCAGAGGGCAGGUUGUCCAAGAGAUUUGCCAAGUUAAAAGUGAGUGGGUCAUUUCCUACAACGCCAAAGAAACGUGCAAUCCAAAAAACAGUUGGAAAUGCACAAGAGGAGGAGGCAAGAGUCACAAAGAAGCAAAAACUCUGACACAGAGGAUCAAGCAGAUCCAUCAAGUCCAUUGUUUUCAUCUUUCCCACGGAGGAAAUGCAAAGAGAAGGGGGACGAACAGAAGCGCUUUUUUUCUUGCAUCAGUCUGUAAUAAACUAACCCUCAUAUAAUGGCAAGGCAGGAAAAGUAGUUCAUUUUAAAUCAUGUCCACAAACUGAAUAGUCGCGUUAUUUUAGCAUUCUCAUUUUCUUCGUAUUUAAAGUUUGCAGUAAUGAAGAGAUGUACUGAUUUAUUGCAUUGUUUGUCAAAAUCUUGUUAGAUAGAGAGAAAUAUUAAUAGAUGACACUGAAGGGGAACAUGUAAUGUGAUUUCAGACAAGAGAUUGUAUGAGGGAAAUAUGUUCUUAUAAAUAUUUUAUUUUUACUUUUGUUGUAAUGUUAUGUUGUAGCACUGCUUGAUUAGGAUUUCUGGACACUCCACAUUACUGCAAUGCUGUAAUAGAAGAUUUUAUGUUAAUCGCUUUGAAACAAACUAUUGUGUUGACAUGUACCUUUGUGCAUUCAUAUGAUCAUGAGGGUGAUGAAACAGACCAUCUCAAUAAAUAUAAAUGUUACAUUUAAAUAUAAAUGUUAAAAAUAAAUAUGAAUGUUAAAUGUGAUUGUAAAUAGUUGCAUUGGGCUACAUACUAAUGUGUCAUUUUAUUCAUAAUUGAAUUUUACAUGUCCAUCUCUUUCAUAGUCACACAAACAAAAACUGUUCCAUUUUUUGAUAAUAGUGUUGUGAUCUCAGUCAUCCUCCCUGUCAUUUUCAUUUCCACAUGAUCAGUCUGAUCUUUUGUUUUUUUUUACCUUUGUUCAGCUGGUUAAACCUCACUUAUGAUCAGAGGGAUUUUUGUACCAGAACAUGUUCGAGAUCCGGCUCUAACCCGGACACCUUUACUUCCCUGUUAGUUGCGUAAACCCCCUGUCGUUCAUCCCACUAU